AUGAGACUAAAAUUUAAAUAUAUUGUAAUUAGUUUAUUUAUAUUUCUAAAUAUAGUUGUAAAUUGUAAUAGUAGUAGUAGUAAGAGUAAUAUUGAUAUUAUUAAUAAAGAUAGUAUAAAAUAUAUAAAUGAAAAUGAAAAAGUAGAGGUUUUCAAAAAUAAUAAUAAUAAUAAUAAGGUGAUAUUGAUUAUGAUUUACAAGAGAAUCGAUGACUUUGUAAAGUGUUUACAAAGUAUACAUCAAUCAAACAAUUCAAAUCAAUAUCACUUGAUCAUCACACAAUCGAUACCUACCGAUAACAAUCGUGAAUACUACGAUAGAGUGGAACAACUGGUCGAUCUACACAAACCAAACUUUCAAUCCAUUCAACACAUAGAAACAAAGUCAACAUCGAAUCAAACCUAUGGAAAUGCUUAUAAUGCAUUUAGAAAUCUGAUUCAUGGGUUGAAUUAUACUUUAAGAUCAUUUCCAAAUUUAGAUUCUUUAAUUAUUUUUGAAGAGGAUAUUGAAGUAUCAAAAGAUUUAUUUGAAUUCUUCGAAAAGAGUCGAGAGUUGAUAAACAGUGACGCAACCAUUCGAUUUGCAACUUCUGCAUUCUUCUUGCAUACCACACAUCCUCAGUAUGACUGGAGAGUUGACAAACCAAUAAAGAGAAAGAGUAUUCGUAAUCAAUUGUCACUGGAUUUGCUGAAUCCAAACGAGUUGGUAAAAGUUAAGCUACAAGGUCAAAUCGAAUUCAAAGUGUUGGCAUGGAUGGCACAUCAUUCUAUAUGUCGUCAAAUGAUAUCUGAUUUCUACGAAAUUGAAGAUUGGGUAUUUAAAAAUGGUGAGCAUUUAGUUGAAAAUAAACCAAAUACACCAAAACCCAAAUUACUUUUAGAUCAUUGUGAUUGUUGGAAUCAUGACAGAUAUUUAGAGCUUAGAUUUAAAGGUUUAAAUUUCAUUGGAUCUCAAUCACCUCGUUGUAAUCAUAUUCCACAGAGUGGUGCUGGACUCAGUAAUGUAGAAGAUGACUAUGGUUUCCCAGUGAAUCAAAUCUAUGUAACAAAAGAUAAAUUCUAUAUAACAGAAAUUAAAGGUAAUCCUGGUGUUUGGGGAUUGAUGAAACAAUAUCUUCCGAAAAUGGAAUGUCCGAAUCGAGUGGAUUGUUACUCUCCUGAUACCAGUGAAAAGUGUGGAUCGGUAAGAGUAUCGACUUGUCUCAAUGUAUGGGGAUUGGAAUGUGUGCCUUGCAGCGGUAGGAAUGCAGCAACACUAGAACCAGAGUGCAGAAAGAAGUAUCCAAAGUGUUGUGGAAAUCAAUGUAAAACUAAAUCACCAUUCUUCUUAUCAAUUCCAUCAUUAUUCAAUGAUGAAUGA